AUGCGUCUCCCUAAUCGUGUUGCAUUCGCUAGCGCUUCUUCCAUAUCCAUGCACCUCCACCAACUCCGCGGACUUGGUACUGCCGGCGGAGUUGCGAUCGCUAGCGCAAGCUUCGCUCAAGCUGCGAAUGCCGAGUCUUCGUAUGAAACAGAUCCUGAUUCGUCGCCACUGGUAUCCAGGGAUACCUUUCGUAAAUUGGCAAAUGGCUACCCUAGUUCUGUUUAUCUCGAGUACAUGUAUGCCUUUGGCUCGGACCUCGAUCAACUCAAGAAUGCCGAAUUCACAUCUACCUGA